GGGCACUGACUCCCCCCCCUGCAGGGUGCAACUGGCCGUCAACCGCCGCACGGAAGAAGCCGUCGCCGUGAAAAUCGUGGACACGACGCGGGCGGCCGACUGCCCGGAGAACAUCAAGAAGGAAAUCUGCAUCAACAAGAUGCUCAACCACGAGAACGUCGUCCGGUUUUACGGGCACCGGCGCGAGGGCACCACGCAGUACCUCUUCCUCGAGUACUGCCGCGGCGGCGAGCUCUUCGACCGCAUCGAGCCGGAUAUCGGGAUGCCGGAGCCGGAGGCUCAACGUUUCUUCCAGCAGCUGAUCGCUGGUGUGGUCUACCUGCACGGCAUCGGCAUCACCCACCGCGACCUGAAGCCGGAGAACCUGCUGCUGGACGAGCGAGAUAACCUGAAAAUCUCCGAUUUCGGCUUGGCCACCGUCUUCAG